AUCACAUGACAAUUGGCCUCAGUCAGAAGAAGAGGUUCAACAGCGGCGGAUGCCCAAAGCGAGCCAAAUGAAAUCUCUAAUGGUAAUUGCGUGCCUUCUGGCAGCGGCCGCUGCCGCCGCCGACGACGGGGCCACCAUCACCUUAGCCACCAAAUUGCAGGCCCCCGCGGGCCAGUGCUACAGGGGAGUCGAGAAAAAAUGUGACGGAAAAUCGCCACCUGAGCUGCAAUGCAACUCGUUAUUUGGCGGAUUUGAGGAGCACAAGGAAAAGAUGGCCGAUUUCAUCAAGACGAAUGUGCAGCGCAACUUCCAGUACUUGAUGUUCUCUACGCACUUCAGCAACUACGAGGCGAACAGGGCCGGUUUGGAAAAACUUUACCGGGGCCUGUCCGACGAGGCGUGGAACGACGCCAUUGAGCUGAUCAAAUACUCGGCCAAGCGCGGCUCACACAUCUCCGUUAACGCCACAGUCAACGACGUCGACAUUAGCAAGGAUACUUUCACCAAACACGAGGUCGGCAGUUUGGCCACGGUGCUCGAUCUACAUAAGUCCCUAGCCGUAGAGGCGCACAACCUCCACAAACAUUUUUCAGACUCUGAUGAAACUAAAAAACAGUACGAUCCAGAUGUUUCCUCUUUCCUGGAGAACAACUUCUUGAGCAAACACACAGAAACGGUGCGCACCCUGUCAGGUCACACGAACGACUUGAUAAAUAUGUUGCACGAGACUGCUGAUGGUAGCCUCGCCCUUUUCUUGUUCGACGAGUAUCUCCAGAAAUUGUAAUGAUUUUUAUAUUUUUGAUGAACUGUUGUUCAAAAAUCUUAUCUCGCUGAAGGAGUUCUCUAAAUAAAACUUUUUAUCUUUAAACUGAAA